UCCAACACGCAGCGGUGGCCCAGAUUAGAGGCUUCGACAAUCACAGAAAGAACCCCGCUUUUUCUCUUUAACAUCAAUUCAGGCAUCAAUCUCUCUCAUGAAUUUCUCUUUCGAGCCUUUGGUGGAGGAAGAGGAAGGAGAGAGAUAGGAGAGACAGAUAAGGUUUAUAUCAUGAGAAACAAAAUACAAAUAGGAGAGCCAGUACAUAUAACUAAUACUCUAUGUCAUAGGCUGAGCAUAUGGGUACUUCGCUAUCGCAAUUGAGUCGGGAGACUGGAAAGUGUACAUCCCCUGAAGAAACUAUGUCAAGAUCAAUUUCUGAAUUCAGUGCUGAAUGCACACAUAGUGAGCCCUCUGGACAGAAUCAUCAGAUUGUAUCUGAAGUUGAACAAAACGAAAGAGGAGAAACAAAGCCUUCCAAUUUUGCUGUCAAUGACGAUGUGCAAUCACCAGACACGACUAACAAUUCUUUUACUAAACAUAUGGGUAAUGUUGAAGAAAUGAGUGAGUCUGCUAAGACCAUCCUUCAAAAAAGUACAUCAUUAGAGAUGCAUGAGUACAGUACUAAAUCUGCACAUGGUGAUCCACAAGAACAAAGGCAUAGCUUUGGUUCUAAAGUUAUGCAUAUUGAACUCAAAGAAACCGUUGAUGCUGUAUGCAGCUGUUUUGACAGAAAUUCUCAAGCAUUUCCUGAAGAUAUCAACAAAAGUUCUUCCAGUGAUGUUAAUAAAAAUUCUCCUGAUGAACAUAUGGAGUUAACUCCUGAUGAUCUCAGUAAGAGUAACCGUACUGUCAAAAGUAUAAAUGCAGAUACACUUGACUUUGGGUCUGUAGAUGAUUCUUGGAAAUGUGACGCUAUACUUACUGAACCAUCAAUAGAAAAAAAUGAACUUGGCUCUGAAAUUGUUCUGAAUGAACCAGGAAAAACAGAUGCUGCAAAACCCAGCUGUGAUAAUGAAAUCUUGCAACCAUCGUAUGAAUCUUUGACUCAGGAUUCUCUUACCAAGCAUUUGGGACCACCUUUUGAAAGUUCAGGUGAGUGUGGUCAGACCGAUAUCGAGAAAACUGCAUUUGAACAAGCUCAUAAGGUUGGUUCUAGGAGUGUGCUUCAUGAAACAUUAGCAGAAAAAUGUAAAGCCAGUUAUGAAGACCCACUGAAUGAUCCUGUGAAAACUAGCCUUAUAAUAUUGAAGUGUACUGCUAUAGAGCAAUUGGGGGCGCCACCUGAACUUGUGACCAUGGGGUUGCUUACGAAAGAUGAAGACAUUACCCGUGAAGAUGAAGAUAUGCCCUCCGAAGAUGCAAUUAAAAGUACUGGUAUUGAACAUCUGAGUCCACCUCUUGAAGAAGAACAAAAUGCAUUGAGUCUUCAACUCUCUGGGACAACACCUAAUAGUGUGGUCAAAAGUUCAGGUGACAUUGGACAUCAAGGUAGACGAAACUCAAAAUCUUUGAAGAGCAAGUAUAUGUCAAGAUCUACUAUAGGUAAUGAUAGAGUCUUGCGCUCAAGGUCACAAGAGAUAUCCACACUGGUUGAGCCUGCUGAUAACCUGGCUAGUGCUAAUCCUGGUCGAGAGAGAAUAAGGAAGAGUAAAAAAAGAAGAAGAAUGAAGGAAAUGGUGGCUGAUGAUUUUUCAAGAAUCAGGAGACUUCUCAGGUAUUCAAUGAACCGAGUUGAGUAUGAACAGAAUCUAAUCGCUGCUUAUUCUGGAGAAGGCUGGAAAGGACUCAGUCUGGAGAAAUUGAAGCCAGAGAAGGAGCUUGAACGGGCUGCAUCUGAAAUUUUACGGCGCAAGUUAACAAUUAGAGAUCUUUUUAAACGUAUUGAUUCACUCAGUGCUGAAGGAAAGCUUCCAGAAUCUCUAUUCGAUUCUGAAGGAGAGAUUGACAGUGAGGAUAUAUUCUGUGCAAAAUGUGGGUCCAAGGACUUGUCUGCUGAUAAUGAUAUUAUACUCUGUGAUGGUGCUUGUGAUCGUGGAUUUCAUCAAUUCUGUUUGCAACCACCGCUGUUGAAAGAACAUAUUCCACCUGAUGAUGAAGGCUGGUUAUGCCCGGGAUGUGAUUGCAAAGUUGAUUGCAUUGACUUACUUAAUGAGUCCCAAGGAACAAAUCUUUCUGUCACUGACCGCUGGGAGAACGUUUUUCCUGAGGCUGCAGCUGCUGCCUUGGCUGGUCAUAGUCAGGGAACCAAUGCUGGACUUCCAUCAGAUGACUCUGAGGAUGAAGAUUAUGAUCCUGAUGGUCCUGAAAUUGAAGAUAAGGAUCAGAUAGAUGAAUCAAGUUCUGAUGAAUCUGACUUCACUUCUGCAUCUGAUGAGUUGGAGCCUCCAUCUAACAAUGACCCUUACUUGGGCCUUCCUUCUGAUGAUUCAGACGAUCGUGAUUAUAACCCUGAUGUUCCAGAUAUCUACAAGGAUGUUGACCAGAAAAGUUCAAGUUCGGAUUUUACUUCUGACUCUGAGGAUCUUGGUUAUGCUCUUGAUAAUUACAAAUCUUGUGGGAAUGAUGAAGCCCCUACAUCAAACCAUCCUUUUGGAAAUUCAUCUUUGCCAAAUGCUGAAGGUGUUCAACAGGAUCAGUCUCCUCUAUCAGACUCACGGCCUGGCGAAGAUGAUUUUGCAAUCACCUCUGGGAAAAGAAAUGUAGAAAGGUUGGACUACAAGAAAUUAUAUGAUGAAACAUAUGGACAUGACUCUUCUGAUUCGAGUGAUGAUGAAGAUUGGAAUGGUAGUGCGCCACGAAUGAAGAGGAGGAAAAACACAGGAGAAGCUGUGUCAGCGUUGGCAAAUGAAAAUUCUCUGACAGAAGAUGUUAAAGUUACAGUGGGUAAAGAAAAAGACUUGAAAGGUACUAAAGUAACUAAACAUACACCUAAGAGAGCUCCUCAGGUGUCCCACUCCAAGUCUGGAGAAACGAACAUAUCACCUGAUAAAUCUCAUGAAGGCUCUUCUAAAUCUCUCUCAAGUGGUAAGAGAGUUCAAUCAUCUGCGUAUUCUAGACUUGGAGAAGCUGUAACUAAGAAACUCUUCAAGUCCUUCAAGGAAAAUCAAUAUCCUGACAGGGCUAUGAAAGAAAGUCUGGCAACAGAGCUGGGAAUUACUCUGCGUCAGGUUAGCAAAUGGUUUGAGAAUGCUCGUUGGAGUUUUAACCAUUCAACAAAAAUGGAUGCUCAUGUUGCCAAAACUGCUUUAAGUAGUGGCACUCCAGAAUCCAAAAUGCUGAAGAAAUUUCAUGAGACAGGAGCGGAAACAAAUACUGGCGAUGCAGCUUGUGACAAUGAUCAAGAUGCGGAGACAAGUAAGGCAGUGUCUGCUGUGAUGGAAAGCUGCAAUGGUGAAGUGAGUAACAAUAAUCUAAGGAACAGAAAGAGCAGUAGACGGAAAUCUAAAACGCCAGUUUCAGUAAAUAAAAGGCAAAAGUUAAAUACUCGAGCAUCAGAUCCACCCUCAAGAAAUGAAGAAACACCAAAGCUCCGAGCAGAUUCAAGUAAAAUUGAAGAAAUUCAAAUGGUUGGAAGAGCUAAGACAAGAAGAAAUACGUCUGCUGCCUGAGUUAUCAAUUUUGACCACAUUAGGAGAAUAGUGACGAACCUGUUGCAAGACUCAGAUCUGAGGGUCUAUUUAGGGGAAUAUUACCUUCUGCCCAGAAGACAAUGCCAACAUUGAUGCCAUUAUUGUCUGCAACUUCAUAGUACUCCAAUUUUCUUUGUGGUAAGUUACCUUUUAACUUUAUCCUUUACAAGGAUGCUUGAUAAAAACUAUUCAAUAGUUCCUUUUCCGUAUAUUUUAAGAAAUUAGAUGUCCAAAUUGUUGUUUUCCUUAUAUUAAACCCUGUGGAUAAAUGAAUUAUAGGUCGAUUAUGUGCAUUGGUCACUAGAAAAACUUAGUUGCCAAAUGCGUUCAUUUGGCUUCACUUUUUAUUCUCGUGGAUCUAUUGUGAUCAAA